GAAGAAAAAAAAAAAAAAAAAAAACUGAUUUUCUUAAUAUACCUGAUUUGGUAAAAAACCUGACAAACCUAAUUUUUAUAUAAUCACAGAAUAUAUUAGCUUUGUUAUUUGGCAUAAAAACUUAAACCUAAAUAAGUCGCUUACUUCUGCACAUUAUGAGUAAUGAUUAAUAGUCCAUAUUCAUAAUAAAUGUUGUGAAUAAGCGGGUAUUGAAAGUUGCCACAUGUCAAUAUGACGACUAAAUACUAGUCUUGUCCAGUUUUUAAAUACUUCAAUGGAACACAGCACACAGUAUAAACUACAUGUAGACAUAAAAAGAGGACUAAAUGUAAUUGGGGUCAUGUAAGAAAAGAAGCUGUGAUUGAAAGCUCUGACUCCAUCAUGUGCAGCGCCACCAUCUCAACAUGAGAUCAACAUGGCAGCUUCAUGUAUCUCUCUGAUGUUCACAACAUCUCGGGGGGUUAAAAGCCACUGCAGCUGACGACCACUAGAUGUCAGCCCCUGACGAUGUUAAAAGAAAAGUUGUUUCUCAAAAGUCUAUAAUGUGAACCUCCUUCUCUGCUCCCCCUCUUUCUCCUCCAUCCCUCCCUCCUUCCUCACUCACUCUAUUUGUCUCUCCAUCCCUCCCCCCACUCUCCUCUCUCUCUCUCUCUCUCUCUCUCUCUGAACCUCAAAGCUCACUAUAUAAAACAUCCCUCCACACUGACACUCAGAUGUACAAACACCUCGCUUCUCGCCACAACGCCUCCAAACCUUGCGUCCAAAAUCACCCCAAGUAGACACUUGAAGCGUUUUUGAAACGGCAGACAUCUGACCCCUCCUGAAUGAGCCUGAGGAGAUUCAUCUCUGCUCUCCAGCCUCAGGACCGCCUCUCCUCACACUCUGUAUUUCUCCUACAAGUUCGGCAGCUGAUCCCGGCUCAGUCAGAGGGAGAUUUUUUUGCUGCUGAGAAGAUCAAGGACAGUUUGACAUGAGGGGGGACGCUCCACAAAGAGACAUGAAGACCACAUGUCUGUGGGCUGCUGCUCUGCUGCUGUCACUCGUCUCUCUGGUGACCAGUGCUGAUUCACCAAGUUCAGGAAAUUCUGACUUGAGAGAGAGCUCAAAAUCCAAAAUGAAGACCUACUGGACCGACAGCAGCAAGGCUGUCUCCAUCAGCCGUCUGCUGUCCCAGAACCUCUACGGCAAAGAGAACUUCUCCUCUCUGGAUCUGAACUACGACGAGGCAGACUCGUUCUCAAAGCAGGAGCAGUGGAACUGGCUUUACAACGCUUCAAACCCCCGCGACCCUCGAUCCAGGACAAAAAGGAGGCCCAUCGUCAAGACAGGAAAGUUCAAGAAGAUGUUCGGUUGGGGCGACUUCCAUUCCAACAUCAAGACGGUGAAGCUCAACCUUCUCAUCACUGGUAAAAUCGUGGAUCAUGGUAACGGGACAUUCAGCGUCUACUUCCGCCACAACUCAACCGGCCAGGGCAAUGUGUCCGUGGGACUUGUUCCACCAACCAAAGCUGUGGAGUUCCAGGUCCACCAGCAGUUCCACCACCAUCACCAGCAGCAGCAGCAACAGCAGCAGCAGACGGCUCUGGAGACCAAGGACAACAAGCUGUUCAACUGCAGGGUGGAGUACGAGAAGGUGGAGAAGGGCACCAGGAACUCACUGUGUGCCCACGACCCCUCGCAGAGCUGCCCGCAGGAGCAGACCCAGAGCCACGUGUCCUGGCUGUGCUCCAAGCCCUUUAAGGUCAUCUGCAUCUUCAUCACCUUCUACAGCACUGACUACAAGCUGGUGCAGAAGGUGUGUCCAGAUUACAACUACCACAGUGACACCCCGUACCUCCCCACGGGGUGAUCGCAUGAACAGACGAGGACUCAAAAAAAAGAAGAAAAAAAAAAGACAGAGACAGGCUGUCGGGUCCUGAGCGAUGUCAGAUUAUUCGAAUGAAAAUGGAGUCAAGACACUUCAAACUUGAGACGUUGACAGGCAUUAUUACAGCUAACAUAUCCUUGACGCAAGACUGAUAUUGCUCCAAUGAACAGACCUACCCCGAGGUCAUUAUGAGAGCAUUUAGGGAAGCAUUUAUAGGCUUGCAAUACUCAUAUUAUAUGCAUAGCUGCUUACAUCGAAAGGAAUUUCUCAAGCCAACUGUAAAAAUAUGCUGAUUGUAUUUAUGUAAAUAUUGUGGGUUUCACACAAAGACCAGAAAACAAUUUUAUUAAUGUUUUCUCCUGCUAAUUUAGUUGUUUAUGUUGAUAGUGUAUUUCCGUCUCAAUCAUGCUUUCUGUCUUUUCCAAUCAGUCUCUGGUAAUCAUUGCAAACACGUAAAUGUCAAUGCAAAUAAGAAGAAUCUGUCAGUAUGCAUUAGAGGGCAUAAUGGAAAAAGCAAACAUAUUUUGAGUGGUGUUGUUUUUCUGCAGUGUGAUUGUUAGAGUGAAUAUACCUCUCUGAUAUAUUGUUGUUGGAAUCUCGUCCAUGUCCGUGCAUGAACCGAAUGUGGUAAACAACUGAAUAACGUCCAUCUAUAUUUUCAUGUUAUUGCAGCUGUCAGAAAUAAUCUUCAUCAAGUCUCCGGGGAAAAAGAAAAGUACUUCUAUUUCAAUUCUGUGUUAUGUGUUAGCAGUUUUUAAAGCCGUGGUAAAUGACACCAAUGGAGGGCUCCAAUCAGAUCAAACAUACAAGCAAGUAAAUGUUGCAAUAAAUAAAUAAAACUUGCAGAAAACACACAAGACAACAGAGAUAAAGAAGAAUUUUCUGCACUGCUCCUUAAAAAAUAUUAAAACAUAACUGUGCACCUGUUUUCUCAGUCCUGCAUUUCCAUUUUAGACAUGUAGACGUUGCUCUCGUUUUUGUGACUGACAACAAGUCCAGUAUAAUAGAUUUCAACCCUUGCAUCACUAACAUGACAAGCAGCAGAGUAGUAAGAGGUGUCAGAGCCACAGUGCCCCCGCAGAAUCCAAAAAUAACUAUCUGUACACACUGGAGUAAUCAUUUAUAUAAAAAAAAAAAAGUGCCGGAUGAUGAAGAAAA